CGGUUGUUAAGUUUUAACUGGAAACUGAAGUCGGAUCAACAACCAAGCAGAAGGAAGACGAAAGUAUCACCCGCGUACAGAAGCAGCAGAAUCAGCGUGAGAUGAGACGGCUCUCGAGGACGUUUCGUUCCCUUAAACGACACCUUCCGCAACCACUCAAAUCGACCACUCCAUCGUCUCCAUCUUCGUCUUCCUCAUCAAAGAAACCGCAGGCGAACCCAAGUCCAAGAUCAAAAUCAUCUUCAUGGUUCGUCUAUCUUAUCCUCUCCACCAAUGCACCCAUCAAGACUUACGUGGGCGCCACCAACAAUUUCUCUCGCCGUCUGAAGCAACAUAAUGGAGAACUUAACGGUGGAGCAAAGGCAUCCCGUGCUGGAAGACCUUGGAUUUGUGCAUGCCUCAUUCGAGGAUUUAGGGACCAAAGUCAAGCUUGUGAGUUUGAAUCAAAAUGGAAGAGCAUCUCUCGGAAGUUGCCCCGCAAAAAAAAAGCUGAGGAUAUGUCCAAGCAGGUGGACAACGGGUCCCGUGCACUAUUGCAACAUAGGCAGGCAGCUCUAACCAAAGUCAAAGGUUUAUGUAAUUGCAGCCAUAUAGAGAUUGACUGGAAACUCGAUUCCUCUUGAUACAGUAACAUCAAGGGAUGCCACUAUUGUUAUUUAACUUAAUAAUCCCCUCAAUUUGUUAAGUACAUGGAUGGUGGAAUUGAUGAAUGAUGUGGUUCCUUAUGCUUCCUCUGAUGCCACGUUGGUUUGUGGUAAAGAAUGCAGCUAUGUACUGUUUGCACUUACUUUGUACAUAUGGCUGGUUAUUUCCAGCCUCCAGGACAUCUGAAACAAUCCCAUCACAAGCAGGAGGCUUUUAGUGAUAUCUGCUUCAACAGACCUUAAAGCACACCAUAUUUGCUGCAGUUGGAAGAGGUAGGGACACAUUGAAAAAGCAGAUCCUAACCCCUGCUCUUAUUCUGUGAGCUCCAGAAAGUGAUGACAGAAACAACACUACUAGUUUUUAUUGAGAAUUGGCAGACUAGUGGAUGUGCCUUUUCAUAUCAUUGAUUACAAUA